UACCUCACAGUAUAAUUACUAUAAUUACAAAAAAUAAUAAUAAUGAAAAUAUUGUUACUUGUUAGAAAGACGUGAAAUCUUUAAAUUGUUAAUUUUUAUUUUUAAUUGUAUUGUUAUACAUCAUGAUCAUUAACAAUGAUUAACAAGUAUAAUUGCUCAAUAUUAGGAUAUUUGGUGUCAUGUCUUUUAUGUUGUCAUGCGGCAAUGAAUACAAAUAUGUCGAGAAACGACGGCGGAGGAAUAAAAAAUGAUUCAUUGUUAGAAAACGAUCCAGAACUGAACUAUGUUCCAUCUGGGCCGCUGGUGAUGUGCUCUUUCUUGCCUAUGGAGUUUAUUGAAUGUGAAGAUCUAGUUGACUUAAAAGGAAACAAGACAAGAGAUGAUUCCAUGACAGGUGGCUGUUCUAAGUAUGGCGGUAGUUAUAGAUAUGAAGAUGUAGAAAAAACAACAGUUCAAUGUAUGGUUUUACCUGGUAUAGAAUGUCACGGAAAUAGAAAAUUUAACAAGAAAGGAUUUCCAUGCGUGAAAUAUGGUGGCUAUUAUUUUCUAACUACUCUUCUUUAUUCAAUUUUACUUGGCUUCCUUGGUAUGGACAGAUUUUGUCUAGGACAAACUGGAACAGCUGUUGGAAAAUUAUUGACACUUGGAGGUGGUGGAGUUUGGUGGAUAUUGGAUGUCAUUUUGUUAGUUACUAAUCAACUUUUGCCUGAAGAUGGCAGUAAUUGGAAUAUUUAUGUUUAGUUGAAAACUAUUUUUAAAACUUUCAAUAAAUAAAACUACUAAUUGUACAAACAA